GCUUGAGGUUUUAAAGGGAACUUGUGAGUAAACAUGACUCAUAGGGGAGCAAACUGUCAACAGGGAAUAUGGUAGGAGCAAAACUGCCCGAGGGGCUGUGGGUUAACAUGGAGGGAAACAAAAACGAGGGAGGUGAGAAAGGAGGGAAGGUGGAAAUGAGGCGUGGCUAACAUAAGAAAACAGAGCCAUGGAACAAGGAAGAAGGGAUGGGCUGGCUCAAAUUUCAGCGCUGAGUAUUGAAGGGUUGGCUGUAAUUCUAACCCUGAACUCCUCGCACAAAUUGACAACUCUUGUAGUCACACAUUUGCAGUCUGGAGGAGCCACCAAAGGGGAAUGAAGGAGAUCCUCACCUACAAACCAUUUCUCUUUUAUUCUUCUAAAACAGCAGCUUUGGUUUUUGUCUUCCUCAUUCUUGCUCGUUUCUUGCUCCGAUCACCUGCUCCAGCUGGCUGUCAGCACCUGUUGAUAAUAUUUAUUUUAGCGGCGCUGCCUCUUCCACUUCUUUAGUGGAAAAACAACGCUGGAAGGAAAAAACAGGAGGCAGUGGAAUACAAAGGAGCUAACCAGGAAGUUUCUCUGUUCGGCCCACGUGAGUGUGUUUUGGAGCAUGCAACCGCCUUCAUUAGGCAGGGAAAUGACCUGAAAUCUCACGGACCUUUAACCCUGUGGAACUGUAGGGUCGCAUGUCACGGCAUGAGCCAACGAGUGGGGAUAACGGCACCCAAGAGCACGCAUGGAUGUAAACAUGCUGGAGUGCCAUGGCUAAGACUUUUUCUAUUUGGAGAAUAGAAGCAGAACUUAAAUUCUAAACGGUUAACCUUUUGACGUUGGAAAACACACUUGACUAUACACCAAAAUGAUUUAAAGUCUAGAUUUUUACAUGGAUGACCUGAGGACGUUUGAUGCUGAGUUUCUGUCGCAAUGUUGGAGCAAAGGAAACUAAAAUAACUAAGUUUUACUUUCUGUUGGAUUAAAAGCUUUUCGGAUCAUGUUUGGAUUCUUAAAGAGUGCUUCCAAUGUGUGGAUUCCUAUGAACUUCAAACUUAGUUUCCAUUUCUACACCAAAAGGGGGUAGUGUUUGAGGAUUUUUGAUAAAACCGAAAAAGCCCUGAAAAGUCCGGUAGUGUUGGACUGUUUUCUUGGACGAGGAUGAAAGGAGGCAGGAGAUCUGCAUCCUUCCACAGGGAGAGACCAGCAGGCCUGUCGCGGGCUUUCAGCUGGCUCAGCUUGUCCUCGCUGUCCGAGCACAGGAGACGGAUCUUCCGGAGCCAACACGAGCUUCACGUUCCUAGCCCCUCGAGCGCUCACCUCGAAGGCUCAGACAGAGAUGGGGACGACGAUAGCUGGGUGUACAAGCCUCAACACAAAAUGGCUGUGUCAAACCUGGAUGAGGAGAGCAAAUGGACGGUACACUACACGGCUCCUUGGCACCAGCAGGAAAACGUCUUCCUGCCGGGCAGCAGGCCGUCCUGCGUGGAGGACCUCCACCGCCAAGCCAAAGUCAACCUCAAGACCACCCUGCGAGAAUGUGAUAAGUUGAGGAAAGAUGGUUUCCGGAGCUCCCAGUACUACUCUCAGGGCCCGACCUUCUCCGAGCCCUUACAGUCCAGCAGCAGCCUGCAAGACGAGGAAGAUGAGGAAAAUGACAAGAAGUCUUUAGCAUCCUCGAUGGAGGAUGAUAAAUCCCAGCUCUCGCUGAGGUUGCAGGAGCGCUGCGGUGAAAGGGGCGAGAUGUUGGAAGUUGACGGGCAGAUGGUGUGGAAUAAAGCGGUUCCCCUCCCGACGCCGGAGGAGAGGAUGAGGCAAGCAGCUCAGGCCGUGCCCACGGACAUAGUCCCCAUCAAUGUCACAGGGGCAGUGUUUGACCGCCAGGCGAGCAUCCGGCGCUCCCUCAUUAACACUGAUACCGUGUCCCGUCGGCCCAAGAAGGUCAAACGCAGAAAGACUAUAUCAGGGCUGCCUGACAACUUCAACCAGGAGCUAGCUAAAGGACGAGGCGGGGAACUUCGGCCACAUUCCAUGUUCAUCCCAGGACAGUACUCCACUUUGGGGAGAGUUGGGAGUGUCAACUCAACACUCCGCUUCGAGAAAAGAGACUCCAGCUGCCAGACAGAAGAAGUGAAGAUUGUCCCUCCAUCUGUGAGAAGAAUUCGAGCACAAAGAGGGCAGGGAAUCGCCGCUCAAAUGGCUGGGAUAUCUGCUUCCUCUUCUACUGGAAGCAUCUCCAUCUCGAGCACAGAUGGCUUGAUUCUGCCCAAUCAGUUUUUCAGAGACCCUUCCCGCUUUCACAGUCUGCCGCGACAGGGUGCCAGAGUGUCCCUCAGUGCUGAUCCCAUCUAUAGCAGCACGCCCAUUAAGUCAGAGGAUCAGUUGCAGAGGAAUAUUGGAAAAUUCCAGGUUGACGAAACAGCGGUACACAUCAGGAAUGCCCCACGAACGAGCACCUUGCCCAGACCCACGUCUCAGGAGGUGAGGAGGACGCAGUCCAGCGAGUGGGGAGGUGGUCCAGCAUGUGUGGUCUCCCCUCAGGCAGCUUAUUCCACCUCCUUCAUUCCCAAUGCCACCCUGUCCAACUCCACGGAUGUUAUCACCCUCAGCUCAUCUAGUCAUUUAUCCUUAUCAGCUGUCUCAGCUUUGGCCACUUCUACCCCCACGCGUGCACCACAAGAGAACGGUGUGACGCCUUCAGGCCCCCCCAGUGAGUCGGGCCACUUGGAUGGAAGUGUUCAUAGUCACAGUACUUUGGCUCCCACUUCACCAUCAUGUCCUCCAGAAGAACAGUGGAUCUAUGACUCACCCGAAAAUGUGGUUCCACACCGCACUCUGACCUCCAGCUGUUCCACUCCCAUCAACCAGCUUUAUAGCAGCCUGGACCAUUCCUCACGGACUGAUUCCAGCUCCCUCUACUCCCAGGACAACGAUGGAUACUUCACCUCUAUGCACAUGGACUCAGGGCUGCGCUCCCGAAGUCACGGAAGUGGGCACGGCGCAGGAGCUGGGCGGUCCCGACACAGCAUGUAUGAGUGUCGCGAGAUGGCCAAUCGAGAAGACUCUGGAAGCGUGUACAGCGACCGCUCUCUGUCGCGCAGCAUCUCGCUCCGCAAGUCAAAGAAGCCACCGCCACCUCCGGCACGCACAGAUUCUCUGAGGCGCAAGCCUGCCGCAAAAAAGCCCUUAGGUGGUGUUGGUCCAACAACUGUUGCCAAUGGGGACGGUGCUAACAUGCUCAAUGAAACGUUCCUUGCUAGCUUGCAGCAGAGCCUGCAAAUGGGACUGAGGGGGUCAAAGGGAAAGGGUACCUCUCUAUCUUCACCCUCUCACAGCCCCAGCAGUGACUAUGAUGACCCUUGGUUGUUGCGACCGCGCAGUCAGAGUAGCAUCAGUGCAGGCAGCUCUGCCGCCUCAUUAGCUAACACAAAUGGUGUGUCUAAUGUCUACUCAUUAUGCCAUGUCACGCCCACGCAUAGUGACACCAGCAGUUUGCGUUCUGACUAUGCAGAGUCCUGGGGAUACUACAUGGACUACCCUCGUAACCCUGGAGACCAGGGGGGGCAGACCCCACCAGCCCAUGCUACAGAUAACAUGUCAGCUGGGGGUCAUCCAGGAGUCCUACAGAAUGGAGGAGAGAUUCACAGCAAUACUCAAACAGAUGGAGCUCCAGGCCAGGAGGGAGGGCAGUCAGGGAAGCCCAAACCAUCCAGCUCCUCACCGGACAGGGUGCACAGACUUACCUCCCCGUCAAGCGGUUACUCCAGCCAGUCCAACACGCCUACAGCCGGAACCCCGGUGCCAGCCUUCGUCAGAUCCAUGUCUCCCUCCUCAGGGAGUCGGCCCAAACCCAAAGUGCCGGAGAGGAAGUCCUCGCUCCUCUCUUCGGGUUCUGUCUCUUCGUCCUCUACUUCUUUGUCCUCCAACACUUCAGACUCACUAAAGAGUUCAGGUCCUCCUCUGCCACCCCCUAAUCCCCUCCAUCUCACCUCUUCUACCCCAAACACCCCUCUUGGUCCUCCUCCGCCCUUUCCUCCUCCUCUUCCUCCAAAUUCUACAUCAGCUCCCUCAUCUCCUCCUCCACCUCCUCCAUUACCCAACUCUCCAAGAGAAACCUUCUUGGCCCCUCUAUCUGCGUCACCAGAAUUCCCUCCUCCUCCAUCUCCAGACCUGUUGAUGCACCACAGUUCGUCCUUAAAUGGGAGCUUUAGUCCUCCACCUCCCCCUGAGACCGGGAUCCCUCCACCACCUCCACUGCCUGACUUCACCCCAGCUUUUGGAUCCCCAAAUAUUAGGAAAUUGACAAAAAAUACUCCUAAACCACAUCCUUCCAAACACUCCACAGAGUCCCCCAAGCCCCUCAUCACCCCCUUCGCCCUGCAGAGUGUCCAGCUGCGCUCCGUCAAGCGAUCACAAGAGGAGAUCACUGGGGAGCUGGACCAAAUGAAACCUCAGGAAAAUGGACUGGACCUUCUCCAGGAGCUGAAACUCCAUAGUCUAGAUCCAUCCCCCAUCCAGGAGCACACCACUGUCACGAGUAGCUCUCCAGACGAAGAGCUGCGGGAGUCCACACCUUCGCCUGUGACGAAACUGCUGGAAGAGCUGAGUCUGGACUGCAGUUUUAUAAUCGACACACAGGAUAGUGGUGUCAUCAAUGGAAAAGCUGAGGACCAGAGUUACUGUCUAUCAAAUGGAAAAGACAAUGAGGAAGAGCUGCCACUGCCUAGCUGUCCAGAGAGAUGUGGAAGCUCCUCCAUCAAAGCCAAGCCUCCGCCAGUCUCCAAGAAACCCAAACUUACCUUUGUUCCAUCCCAACCAAUCAGCGAGCCAGCUCAAACUCAAAAUGACAAUGCAGCCAGUCUGUCGCCAGAGGAUCAGGUCGAUGCACAAACGACAAAUGACGUAACAAAUAAGAGGAACAACCGGGAGGAAGAGGCGUCAGAGAGCACAAAGGCUUCCACUGAGAACCUGGACCAGAGCUGCCAAGAUGCAGAUCUUGACCACGACAUUUGCACUAAUGGAGAGGUGUUUGAUGAGGAUGAAGAAGAGGAAGAAGGAGAAGGAGCAAGCAGCACCACGGGGUCCAUCAGCUCAAAAGAGGAAGACACAAGUGAAGUUUUCGAAUCCAGACCGGCUGAACCUCCUUCACCCCAGUCGGCCGUAGGGGCAAGCGAGCAAAAAAUGGUGACCCCGACUCCCUCCAAACCCCGAACCACUGAUGACCUUUUUGCUGUCAUACACAGGUCAAAGCGAAAGGUUCUCGGUCGCAGAGAGUCGGAUGAAGACAAGUCCCGCCCCGGGGUUCAGGCACAGUCUCCACCCUCCACCCCGUCACCCGUCUCUCCUGGGCCGGUUUCUCCGUCGGCCCGUCAGAUGGGUUCCAUCCAGCGAAACCUACGCAAGUCCGCCACCAGCAGCGACAACUUCAAGGCCCUCCUGCUUCGGAAGGGAAGCCGCUCUGAGAACAGUUUCCGCAUGUCUGCUACUGAAAUGCUGCGCUCCACCGACCCGCGCUUCCAGCGAACUCGCUCCGAGUCUGCGCUGGACCCCCCCACUGCGUCUCCCACGUCACCGAUGGCGCCUCACAGCCCCUCUGCCUCUUUUGGGCGGAGUAAGAGGGUAACGGAUGAGUGGAGCCGCUACGAUGCCCUGUCCUCGCCGACAUAUUCGCCUGGAUCAAAGUUCGGGCGCUCUCGCGCGCCGCCUUCCGCCGCCAGCAGCAAAUACAACACUCGCAGCCGAAUCCUCAGCAGCCCGAUGACUGUGAUCUGUGAGCGUGAAGGGGAGCUGACUGAGAGCGAAUCUGGAGAGGUCGGCGAGAGCCGGGAAGGAGUCCAGACGCUUCCAGAAACCAACGGCACUUUAUCCGAAGAGAGCAGAGGUUAAGGAGAAGCAGCGCACUUCAUGGAAGACAAUAAUGAUGCCGUCUCUGAGGCGGUGACGUGUCGGGUCCUGAUGCGAGCCGAGACGCCGCCCCGUUACGGAUCACCCAGAAUGCAGUCUGAUUCCAUGCUCUCCUUCAGUUGAGGAGUUUUUGUUUCAUAAAGAGGGAUUUGUUAACUCCUGGAGUUUUUAGUUUUGAUUUUUUUUUUCGUUUUAACAACAUUUUAGUUUCUUUAAAGUGGAGAUGGAAAAAAUGAAGGAACUGCAAAGUCCCAGCCUUCUGCUAGGAGAGAUUGGGUCACCCCGGAAAGGAUUCACACGUACGCAUUGGAGGCUUCAGAGUCUGCAGUGGAAUGAGAUUUCCUGAUGUCCGUUUUGGGCUGCAAAGGUUUUUCCAGCUCCUGCAUGCAGAUUAAAACGUUGCAUCACAUUAGUGAGAGGAUUUCUUAAACAGCUUCAGUUUAUUUGGACGAGGUACAGACUCACAGCUCAGCUGCACUUCUCUGCGUUUCAAGAGUGAUUCAUAGCCAGCGCAGAGGGCUCAGUGCUGCCACCUACUGAUGAUGGAAGAGAAAACAACCAAAGCAGCACCAUUACUCCAAAAAAACAAAACGUUAUUUUUUCUUUUAGUUUGUAGAUUUUGCACUGUGCAUAGUUCUUUUCGUGACUUUAAAAGUAUGUUUUAUAACAUGUUUUAAUGAAUGAGUUAUGUGUUUGAGAUUUAAGUAUAAAAUUAUAAAUGUAAAAGCCUCGUUUUACUGUCCAGGUCUUUUCUUUUCAUGUGGGUAACCAAAGAGUUCAGACAUUAAACCGAACUGGCUGUUAAUCCAAACUCAGUCUUUGUGUGUGACUGCUCUUCAAAGGAUGUGAUCCAGCUGACGCGGAGGCCCUCUCAAGCCUGAAAGGAUUUCUGCUAAUGUUAAACUCUUUUGCAGUUUGAUAUGAUUCUAUCUGUAAAUACAUAGAGAGUUUAGUUUUCAGUGACAUUUACCUUCUUUUCAAAUGCUUUGUAUAUUUUUAGAGCCCUGCGUUUGCUGGAAGGGAGUGGUUUUCUUUUUAUAGAUUAUUUAUUUUCAUUGAUUAAUCAAAAACUGGAAAUGGAAGAAAGGCGUGAGGAUCACCCGGCCACAUCCUGAAUGCACCGCUUCCUGUUUGAUAUGGUGCUUAAAAAAAUCAGAAAUGUUGGUAUUUAUUGUUCAGGUUUGUGUAGCACGCGCCCCUGGUGUUGCAGCUGAGUGUUGCAUGGCGGUGACGAGGUAGAAACCUACCAGGUUGUGGUUUAAUCACCUGUAACCACAUUGUUUCUCCCACCUGCUGCCCACUUUAAGCACUUGGGUCCAGAAUCGCCUCUUCAUCGUGAGCGGUUUGUAAAAUGGACAGAGGAAUGAAAGGCUGGACGCUCUUGUGUUUGUCUAAUAAAAAGAAAAAAACAAGGUGAUAUUUAA